CAAUUUUUCCAAUUAAAAUUCCCGUGGAAUUAGUGUAUUUAAAUAGCCCAAAAUAUAGAGUAUAAAUAUAUUUACGACUUUCAAACUAGUUGUUAUAGUUUAUAACUACUAAUAUUAAUUAAGGAUAAAUUAUACUCCUAAGAUAUGAUAUUUAAGUAUGAGCCAUGACCAUAAGGUACUAUAAUUCGAUUAGUUAAAAACUUCAAAUGCCUUCUUCUUCUCUUAUCUCUCCAUUUUCUCUCUUAUUUCUUCUCUCCCUUUCUUCAGCCCACACUGUCAUCACCCUCUCCACCUCACCAUCCCCCGCAGCGCCACCGCUUUCCAAUCCAUGGCAGAAGCUCAACCACCUCGCCACCGCGUCAGCCACCAGAGCCCACCACCUCAAACACCCCCAGGCCAACACUUCCGCCGUCAAAGCACCAAUCUUUCCACACGGUUAUGGCGGCUAUUCCAUCUCUCUCAGCUUCGGGACUCCGCCGCAGACGUUAUCCUUUCUCAUGGACACCGGCAGCAGCCUGGUCUGGUUCCCAUGCACAGACAGCUUUUCCUGCAGUUCCUGCAAUUUUAUAGGGGUGGACCCCGCAAAUAUAACCACUUUCUUACCAAGAUUGUCUUCUUCGACUAAGAUUGUGGGAUGCAAGGAUUCCAAAUGCAGAUGGCUUUCCCCCAAUGUCCAGUGCGACGGCUGCCGGAAAAAUUCAACCGGCUGCAAUGAAUCUUGUCCACCGUUCAAAGCUACUUAUGGCUCUGGAUCAACUAGUGGGCUACUAAUCUCAGAAACCCUAAUCUUCCCCAAAAAAUCAGUGGAAAAUUUCAUCGUUGGUUGCUCUAUUUUCGCGUCCACAGAGCCGUCAGGAAUUGCCGGGUUUGGCCGUGGACCGGACUCGUUGCCGGCGCAGAUGGGCCUCAAGAUAUUCUCGUACUGUCUGGUCUCUCAUGAGUUCGACGACGAACCGGUACAUAGUAAUCUUGUAUUAGAAACAGCCAGCGGCGCCGACGCCAGCACUGAAGGUGCCCGAAUGAACUACACACCCUUCAGUAAAAACCCGACGACUCCAAAGCAUCCAGCUUAUAAAGAAUAUUACUACGUGACGCUACAAAAAAUCACAGUCGGCGGGGUCGACGUCAGGGUUCCUUACAAAUUUCUGGUGGCUGACGCCGAGGGCCGCGGCGGGAUCAUCGUGGAUUCCGGCACCACCUUCACCUUCAUGGAGAAUCAGGUGUAUGAAUUAGUGGCAGGGGGGGUGGGGGAGGAGGGGGGUGGGGAGUUGGAGAAGCAGGUGGGUAAAAAUUACAGCAGAGUGGCUGAGGUCGAAAACCUGUCGGGGCUGGGACCAUGUUUUAAGGUCUCCGAUGAAAAUUCAUUUACUGUACCAGAGUUGGCCUUUCACUUUAAAGGCGGUGCAAAGAUGGCGUUGCCGGUGGAAAAUUACUUUUCGCCGUUGGUGGAUUCGGCGGUUUGCAUGACUAUAACGACUGACAGGGGCGGCGGCGGAGUUAGGCCGGGUCCGGCCAUAAUAUUUGGUAAUUAUCAGCAGCAGAAUAUUUACAUGGAGUAUGAUUUGGAGAAUGAGAGGCUUGGAUUUCGGAAACAAGUCUGUAAUAAUAAGUAAAACUCACAAUUUAAUUAUUGGAUUAUAUGAAAUCAUUGAUGUGAUUGUUCAAGUCUAUUAUUA